AUGUUCCGCCUCGCCUCCACCUCUUCCAUCCCUCGCAUCAUCCACCCAGCUCCCGCGCUCACAUCACCGCUCUUCCGCCCGCGCCCUUUGAGCACCACUGCCUUCCACCUCACAAAGAGCCUCCCCUCGCGGCCCAAGCCGCCUCCAGACUCCGAGAUCGAGGAGUCCUUCCUCAAGGGCAGCGGGCCGGGCGGCCAGAAGAUUAACAAGACCAAUUCAGCCGUCCAGCUCAAGCACAUCCCCACCGGCAUCGUUGUCAAGUCCCAGGCCACCCGCUCCCGCAGCCAGAACCGCAAGCAUGCCCGCGAGCUGCUGGCGCAAAGGGUAGACGAUCUCCUUCAUGGCGACCAGAGCCGGUCCGCCAUUGUCGGCGAGGUGAAGAGGAAGCGCGCCGCCAGUGCCGCCAAGAAGAGUCGCCGCAAGUACAGGAAGCUGCAAGACGACGAAGAGCCCUCCAAUGCGCAGGACGCCGAGGAGCCGUCCGACCACGUGCGGCGACAGCAAAACGAGCCGGAUACUACUACGCAGGCUGCAGAAUCAGGUAGCUCAAGUAGCACAAGCACAAGCAAAGACAAACCUUGA